AAUUACUAGUGAUAGUAAAAUAAAAUAGUAAAAAAACCUAGUUAAACAGUAAUCUAUUUGCUCAUUAGAACUUAUUCAACUUAAACUGAUCUCGUACCCCAUUUAGGAUUUAGAAAUUGUGCUAUUCGGGUUUUAUAAUUCUACCGCUCAUAAAAAAUUUUUCCUGUGUUAUUUAUGCAUUGAUAUAUUUUUUUUUGAAUGAGAAAAAAAAGGUAUAAUUUAUAUUGCUUUAAGUUAUAUGCGACAGAAAAGAAAGUGCGCGCUUUUACCCCAAGUUAAUCAAUCUAGUAGCCCAGUCCAACAACAUCUUUUUUAGUACUACUAGAAUUUUUCUUUUUAUUUGAGUCACCACAAAUGGUAAGUGCUUGAUUAACAAAAUAAAAAAGGAGGACAUGAUUAACUGAUGGUGGAUUUCACUAUGCAAAGUAUGUAAACAAAAAAUAUACAAGAAAGUUUUUAAAUGUCUGAUACAGUUGGUUAUCAUCGACAAUAACGGUAAUGACCGUAACCAACGCCAACAACAACAAUGUGGAACGCUUAAUCGUCACUGUCUGUAAACAACAAAUCACCAGACGCCGACAAACGCGGUAGCCAUGUUUUUAUUGAUCGCAAAUCAUUAUAAUAACAAUAAUAUUAGUGUAACAUUCGAUUUUUACCUACUAAACAUCGGCUGACGUACAUGUCACGUAAGUCUCCCACGUAAAACAUAUGCAUAAUGGCUGUAACCACGUUCUGCUGUGGCGAUCCCUUCGGUAAUAACCAGGUGUAUCACCGCCAGCCAAGUGUGACGAACCUGUGCUGACACUAAACUUACAGCAAAUCUACUACCCGGCUGCGUAAUUGGAUUACGUACUUUCGUACGAAAAACAGUGGCGGAAGGGAGAGCAUAAUCGUGGCACCGAAGGGCUUCGCGUGCCACUCAUAAUAGCAGCCGACAACUGUUCUGAGGGAACCAGCGUCGUAUGUGCGUGUACACAUUUUUCUUUAUUAUACCGAGUCAAGACGUAUCAGUUACAUAAAUUCGUCUCUGCAAUAACCCCAAGUGUUCAUUGCAUCACCUAUCGACUUUUCGGCAUUAGGAUGACCGCGCCCUCUGCACUCAUCAUCUGAUGGUUACUGGUUGUCUAAGCGUUUCAGAAAUCAUGCUUUGUUUUUUAUUGAAACUAUCAAUAAUAGCUACGUGCAUGGUGAAUUAUACAAGUUCUGCUGAGUGUGGCCCAAAUCAAAAUGGUCAACCCACAAGCUUUUACAAAACUGCUGGAGAUAUUUUAUUAACUGGGUUUUACGAUGUGUAUGACGAAAAAUGUACCGGCCCUUUAGCAACGGGAAUUCAUUCAAUGGAAAUGGUAGCUACUGUCGUGCAAGUGCUAAACUCUGUUCACUACGUGCCAGGCAUGACCAUAGGUUUAUCUUUAUACGAAGUCUGUUCGCAUAGAAGUUCAGACCUUCAAAAAGCAAUGAUUUCUUUUGUUGUUGAUCAAGACUGUGAUAAUUCUACAACUCCAAUUGCUAUUUAUACUACCAAUGAUGUGUGUUCUAAACUAUCGAUUGAUUCUCCACUAAGUUUAAAUGUACCGAUUAUUGGAAUGGGAUCAAUAAUAAAUAUUGAAAUGCUGUCAGAAUCUGCUGUGAAGUUUUUAAUCGAAAACAAUGUUAGUGUAGUCGAUUUGCUAGUUGCUCAAAAUAAGGAAGCGGCUCAGAUGUUUGAAAUAAUUGCCAAGAAUAAUGCUUUGUGUUUAAACAAAACUGUUUUAGUUCAAGAAACUGUGCGAUGGAAUGAUUCAAUGGUAGUCGUUAUGUUACUAACUAAAGAAGAUUUUACUCGAACCUUACAAUCAUUUAAUGAAGUACAAGUAUCGCAUUUUAUUGUUAUACCAGUAGAUGGACCAUUGUCUCCAGAAUCUGAUAUUAUUAAUGGAUCAUACGUGUUUCAAUCGUACGGAAAUUGUCCACUAUCGAAUAAAUCUGGUCUUAAUAUGAGCGCUUCAGGUAGUAAUGAGUUGGGGAUAGAACGAAUUUCUCUUCAGUUUGUCCAGACCGCAGUAGACGUGAUGGCUAUAGUUGACGAAUACAGGCGUUUCGUUGAGGGUAUCGCCGAAUGCGGUAAGAAUAACGAAACAAGUUUACAAUGUGGAAGUGAAGUAACCGGUAAUUGGACAGCCGGGACGAAAAUGGUACCCGUAAAUUUCGACGCUGAUGCAAUUAGUGAGGCAUUGAAUAAGUUGAUGUUGCUUGAUGAUGGCGAUUAUAAUGUGACUUUGGUACAUGUUGUUGAAUAUGGCACCGGAGAAACGGUCAGUGAAUAUGUACAGGAUUCAAACGGUACACGUUCGUUUCAGUACCGAGAAGAUCGUGUCUACUUCAACCGCUGUGAGACAGACUGUCCGAUUUGUACGGACACAGUUCGAUUUGACAGACAACAAUGGUUGCUGACGUGGAAAGAGGACGUAUGGAUAGCGUCUACGUUAACGGUUUCGGCUGUUGGCGCUAUAUGUGCUGUUUGUAUUAGUGCGUUUAUUUUGAUACGUGUGUGCAAAAAGGACAUAUUGGAAGGCAAUCCAACAUUUACAUUCAUUCUGAUGGUUGGCACGUUUUUGAUGUACGCCAGCGCUGUGCCUUUUGCAGUGGAAACAACCACGUACGCUAAUGUUAUGUGUUACGCCAAAUUAUUUGGAACUUGCGCCAGUUUUUCCAUAGUGUUUUCUGCUAUGUUAGCUCGAUGCAUUAUGAUCGCAGCUUGCGAUUGCGAUUCGAGUUUUAUGAGCCAUGUCAAUGGUUACCUACAAACUUCGUUAUGCACGUUCACUGUUUGUGUUCAAUUAGCGUUGCUUCUACAGUUUAUGGCCAUACAUGCAGUGGUUCCCGAUUCUGAUUUGUGUCAUGUGUUCAUUGAUGGAAACUUAUUCUUGGGCAGCCUAUCUUAUGAUAUAUUGUUACUAAUGCUAUUGGGAUGUACGACACCGUUUGUGUUUAAGUCAAAGCGAAAUUAUCGGGAAGGGGCCUGUUUUGCUGUGGCUACUUUUCUGACGUUCAUCGUCUGGUUGUGCUGGUGCACGGCCUAUGCGCAAUUACCCAAAAAGUGGUCCGAUCUGUGUGUAAUGAUCGGUCUGUCCGGUACAGCCACCGUUAUGGUGAUCACGGUGUUUGUGCCUCGAACUUACAUGAUGAUGUUCGGUAUUGUCCGCGAGCAAAUAACUAGUUCGCUGCCUUCGCUUGGUUACGGCCAUACUAACGUUGCGGAUGUCAAUUAUAGGUCCAACCAAGCGCUGUACGAUUCAGUUCACGUGGCUCCUGCAAAGUGCACUAGUUUUAGGGGGCAAACAAAUCCUAAUUACUAUUCACCAGCCGGAUCACAGGUGCACUCCAGCAGACCGGCGACACCUUCUGCAGUUAAUGAGUAUGAUAUACCUCCAUCACCUGAUAAUAGAAUUACCAGGUUUUAACCAUAAUCUAGGAGAAACGUACUCCAGGGAAAAUUUGUGUUGAAAGUGUCAUUAAAAUAUCGACGAUUUAAAUAUGAUUAACACUAAUAGGUUUUGGGAAACUGCUUGUAUUUUAGUUGAACAUAUAAAAAUUGUUUUCAUAUCAAAAUUGAAAAAAUGAUUUCAAGAAUUAUGAGUGAAUUUCUAUGUACGCUUAGUAGUUGUAAGAUAAAAUCUCCAAAAUAUAUGAAUGAAUGACGAAUUUUUUCCGUUUAUUUAUUAUAUUUUAGCAGUGUUAUUUUCUUUAAUCAAUAAUUUGAAAAAAUUGAUUAAUGCUUAUUGUGUUUUUUGAUCAACUAAAAAUUAUGCUUAUCGUUUGGUU